CGCGCAUGCGCGGGGCGGCCGCGGGGGCUCCCGGAGGCGGCGGCGCCGGGACUCGGCGGCGGCAGCGGGACAGGGGAGGGGACAGCGGGCACCGAGGGGACACCGAGGGGACACCGAGAGCGGGCACUGAGCGCGGGCAGGAAGACGACGUUCCCUGGCGCGGGGCUGAAGGAUGACAGCCAUCCUGGAGCGGCUCAGCACGCUGUCCCUCAGCGGGCAGCACCUCAGCCGGCUGCCCCGGCUGCUGGAGGACGGCCUCCCCAAGAUGCCCUGCACGGUGAAGGAGUGCGAGGUGCCGCAGCUCUUCCGCGAGCCCUACAUCCACAGCGGGUACCGCCCCACCGGCCAGGACUGGCGCUACUACUUCCUCAGCCUCUUCCAGAAGCACAACGAGGUGGUCAACGUGUGGACUCAUCUCCUGGCGGCGCUGGCCGUGCUGCUGAGGUUCAAGACGUUUGUGGAGGCCGAGCAGUUGCCUGUGGACGCGUGGUCCUUGCCGUUGCUCAUCUUCGUCCUCUCCUCUGUCACCUACCUGACCUGCAGCCUCUUGGCCCACCUGCUGCAGUCCAAGUCGGAGCUGUACCACUACACCUUCUACUUCGUGGACUAUGUUGGAGUCAGCAUCUACCAGUAUGGCAGUGCCCUGGCUCAUUUCUACUACAGCUCUGACCAAGCCUGGUACGACAAGUUCUGGCUUUUCUUCCUGCCAGCAGCAGCUUUCUGCGGCUGGUUGUCCUGUGCCGGCUGCUGCUACGCUAAAUACCGGUACCGACGGCCUUACCCCAUCAUGAGGAAGAUGUGCCAGGUGAUCCCAGCAGGGCUGGCUUUCAUCCUGGAUAUCAGUCCCGUGGCUCACCGGGUGGUUGUGUGUCACCUGGGGGGCUGUGAGGAGGAUGCUGCUUGGUACCACACGUACCAGAUACUGUUUUUCCUUAUCAGUGCUUAUUUCUUUUCCUGCCCUGUCCCUGAGAAAUACUUCCCCGGCUCCUGUGAUAUUGUUGGCCAUGCCCACCAGAUCUUCCACACCUUCCUGGCCAUCUGCACCCUGUCACAGUUGGAGGCCAUUCUUUUGGAUUACAAGAACAGGCAGGAGAUUUUCCUGAAGAGACACGGGCCUUUUACUGUUUAUCUCUCCUGCAUCUCUUUUUUUGGCUUGGUGGCCUGUAGUGCCAUCACAGCUUACAUCCUGCGAUGCAGGAUCAAGGCCAGCCUGGCUAAAAAGGACUCCUGAGAGUCACGGACGUGACAGGCAUGACAUGACCAGAGAAAAUCAAGAAAAAGGGCAUAACAUACUAGAGACAUGACUGUCUUACCUGCCUAACAUGCCGUGACUAACCAGGACCCUGGAUUCAGAUGGAGGGCUGGACACUUCAUGCUGGAUGCAUUUUCACAGCAGGGAUUGCCUUUUGCCAUCCAGGGGGGGGACAUGGAGUGUUUUAAGCCAGAACAAGUCACUGAACCAAGGAUGCUGAAAUAGGCAGAGGUUCCUUGUUCAUGCUGGUAGAGCUGUGGGUGAGACCUUGCUGAAGGUCAGGGAGGGCAGCCUGGAGGCUGUGGGACUGUAAAAGGGUGUGCCAGGGCUCACAACACUGUGAGGACCACAGCUGGAUGUGAUGACCUCUCUGGGUUUGGCCAUAUCUGUGUGAGAACUGUUCCUAUCAAAGGCAGUAGGAAGGUUUUGGGAAGUCUGUGUUUCUAGGGUUCAGGUGUGAGGGCACAUGUGGCACCAUGGCUGCUAGAAUCCUUUUCCUGUUCCAGCCAGGUUUUCUCUGUGCUCCCCUUUUCAAGGGUGUCAAUGCCAGGUUGCUUAGGUGGCUUUGGGAAAAUAUCUUUGGAGGUCCUGGCUUGACCUGGAGUCCUCUGGGACAAACUGGGUCUGUGUCAUCUGUCUAGGGAGUCUGACCAACCUCUAGCAAUGUCCAUGAAAUGUGGAAUAACUUGGAUGAGGUCUGUUUGGUACAGGAAAGGCUCUGCUCCUCCAACAACACUACUGUGGUCACGGCCAAAAGGGUGUGAAGGUGAAGGAGUCUUUAUUCCCCUCUUAAUGGUGCUUUGUGUCCUUGGUGAGCAUUGUGGGAAAGCUGACCUUGGAGCUGCAGGCUUGCUGUUCUAUGACCAGUGGGGCUGUGACUCUGCCAUGUUUUUAUCAGUAUUAGAUGGAGGUGGAACAGCAAAAGGCAGGAGCAGGGUGAUGACAUUAGGGUCCUGCACAACCUCGGGAUGGGUUUGUCCUUGGGACUUGGUGAUUCCUGUGUGGAGUGGCAAAGAGAGCGGUCAGGGUCACUUAAUGUCCAUGGGUCACUCCUAUCCAAGGUAACAACAGCUGAAUUACUGUGUCCCCCACUAGAAGAAUCUAUUCUGUGCUUGCCUUGGGGGAAUAUUGAACAUGGAGCCACCAAGGAGGAUUAAAUCCUUGCUAAAACCAAGGAAUCCAUGGGACCUAUCCCAGCCAUGGAUUUGCCUCAUUGAGCCCAAGGGCAGGCAAAUGAAUUGUGAUUGCUGGUUCUGAGCAGGCAGAGUGUAGGGUUGGGGGUAUGGUUGGUGAGGACAAGCACUGAUUUCUGCACUUAUCUCUGUUUCAGCUCUUGAAGUGUGUGUGUUCAUGUUCCAUGCAUGUGCAUGGGAUUUGAUAUCCAGAAAGGCUUUGCCUUGGGAUUUUAUAUGUGCAGAGCCUCCUAGCUGGGUUAAGAUUAACUUGAAGGAAACAGUGCUGUCUUUCUGGAGGAGCAAGGCGGGCUGGACAGCAGAUUUGUUAAUAGGUGGUGGAAAACAGACCUGUAGAUUGGCACUUUGCUGGUCCUGUGUUUGUAGGUAAUUUUGGGACUCAUAGCUCUAUAGAAAAUUAAAUACAAAGGGAGAAGGAAGUUAAGUUUGGAGUAUAGGAGAAGAAGUCAUAGGAAAGCCUUCAGGAGGUCAUCAACUCCACCCUUUCUCAUCAGUCCUGGCCUCAGCUUAGAAAUUAAUUACUUGAUUUCAAACGGUGUUUUUGAUGGUACAGAUGGUACAGCCAUGCUGACCUAGGAGAAAAUCUGCCUCAGGGGAGAUGCCAAGUAGGGGUGGUCCCACAGGCACCUCGUUAAACCUCUUCCCAUGCACAGAAGUUCAUCUCACUAUGGAGUGAGCCAGUGCCGGGAGAGGGACCUUUGGGAAACCAAUCCUACUGAAAAAAUGUCAAUAAUUUUCGGCUGGUUUUAAAUCUGAGCCAACUCACUUGGACAAUGCAGCUGCUGGCAGGGAAGGGCUGCAGUGGAGGCCAGCAGCAGUUCCUCCUUGCAUGGCAGCUGGCUGCUCAACUCACUCAGCUGCACUCAUGGACUGCUCCCUCCAUGGCCUCUGGCUUUGUUUGUGGGUCUCCUCCCAGUUUGAAAAAAUGCUUCCAGUGCAAGCAGCUUUUUCUCACAGCCUAAUUUGCCUUGGUUUUGUGGUGGGUAAGGCAGAGCAUGGCACUGGGUGUGGAACUGGCUGGAUGGUAUCAGUAGGUUCAUGUGCAGAAACAGAGGUAAAUCGGGCUGGUCCAGAGCUCAUUUCUGACAUAAAAUGAAGAAGGAUUGGGCAUGGCUGGUAAUAGCAAACCUGCUCUGCUGCUACCUGGAGUUAUACUGGUACCAAUGGAAGGGAUCGCCCAGGUGUCCCCUUCUCUGAGGGUUUGAAAACAGAUGACAUGCCCUGCCCUUGUUGAAGCAGGGUGAGUACGGUAAUUCCAUCUCUUUCAGGGACAGGGAGAGGAGCCCUCAUGGCUCUCCCAAGGUACUUUUGAUCAUAUAUUCUCCUCCCUGGCUGAGCAGAAGUGGACAGUGGAGCAGUGGUGUAACAGUGGAGGUGUUUUUGCACACUCCCACAUUUCCCCUCAGCUGAAGCUGUGCCCAUCUCCGCGUGGCCCUGCACUCCCACCUGGAGCUGACCUCCGGUUACGAUGAUGGGUGGAGUGAGCUGGGAUCUACAACACAGAUCUGUGCUGCUGUGAGGAUGCACCCUUGUGUCACAAGGGGCUCACCAACACUGGAGCUUCCUUCUUCCCUGUCUCCAUCCUCCUCUUCCUCCAACCAGCUUCCUUCUUCCCUUCAUCCUUGUGCCUUAUGCACCUGGCUGCCUUCCUGGGCAGACUCCACAUGCUGCAGUCUCAGCUGGGAAGUGGCUGUGGAAGCUUUGCCAGUGAUCCAGAGGACACCAGGGCUGGAUCUGGAAAAAGCCAAAGUGCCACUGUGAUAAAUGCUCAGCUUGUCUGAGCCCCCCAGGACCUUCUCCUUGGGCUCAGUGCUUGGAGCAGGUCUCCUCCAUCCUGGUGUUCCUAAGGAGGCAUGCCUGGGAAGAACAAACCUGUGGCCAGGCUUGGUGAAGAGCUGACCGCCAAAGGUUGAGCACACCUGAGAUCCCUCAAGGAUCCCUGAGGUCACAGUCCUCUCCCUCAGGAAUCUCUGGUCCUGAGGUAGUGCUCCUUCAUAUCUUGGAAGCCAGGACAGCUCCUGAGAAUUCAUCCCAAUGUGCCUUGUACUGUCUCUUUUGGGGAUUAAUCCUGAAGGAACCUGAGGAUCAAGGGCAGCCUCUUUGCUGUCUGCUCCAUGGUCCACGGUCUCUCUUACCAGCCAAUUCCCACUGACAGGAUUUGCUCCGUGUACAGAGCAGGAGGGGAGGAUGGAGACAGGUGCCUUCAAUUUGUAUUUAUGCCUAAUUUGUGUAACAAGGCAAGGACGGGUUCCUCAUGUGCCUUGCAAUUUACAUCUUUUACUGACAAGAUUAUUUUUAAGCACUGUUCAUUACUAAACAGAAGUACAAAAGAGUUUGUAUUUUUUUUCCUUUGGGAAACAGGGAAGGAUAUGAGUGUUCCUUAUUAACCAUGCCCUUCCCAACUCCCACCUGCUGACUUUGUAUUGUUGAAAACAUUGACAAUAUUUUAAGCUUU